GAGAAGUAAAACAAUGAAGGGAGAUCUAAAAACCGGGUUUUACGUUGGAUUGGCGGUGACGCUCUAUGCAUUUACGUUCAUCGUACAACUCGAAGCAGGGGUGGAAACAAAGACAUGUUUCCAAAGGAAGAGCCCAUGUUUCCUUAAGAAGCAAACUUGUCCAAAGCAAUGCCCUUCGUUUUCCCCUCCAGCAGGAAGCUCCAAGGCCUGCGUCAUCGAUUGCUUUAACCCUAUAUGCAAACCUACUUGCCGAAAUCGGAAACCUAAUUGCAAUGGAAAAGGAUCAGCAUGCUUAGACCCACGUUUCAUCGGCGGAGAUGGUGUUGUCUUCUACUUUCACGGCCAACGCGAUGAGCAUUUCGCACUUGUCUCCGACGUUGACUUCCAAGUCAAUGCACGUUUCAUUGGUCUGCGACCUUCUGGACGUAGCAGAGACUUCACAUGGAUCCAAUCCUUAGGUCUGAUAUUCGGCUCCAACAGCAAAACCUUCUCACUCGAGGCCACAAAGGCUAGAAAAUGGGACGACCAAGUCGACCAUCUUCGUUUUUCAUUCGAGGGAAAAGAGAUCUCUUUACCAAAAGGAGAUGCAUCUGUGUGGAUGCCUUCGGGAGACUAUAUAAAGAUCGAGAGAACCUUAGACAUAAACUCCGUGUUGGUCACAUUAGAAGACAUUGUAGAGAUUUGGGUCAACGUGGUUCCGGUAACAAAGGAAGACAACAUAAUCCAUAAAUACGGGAGACCGGAGAAUGACUGUUUUGCUCAUCUUGAGGUUCAGUUCCGGUUCUUGAAGUUGUCCAAGAACGUGGAGGGUGUUUUAGGAAGAACAUACAGAGAGGAUUUUACGAAUCCGGCGAAACCAGGAGUGGCUAUGCCCGUGGUUGGUGGAGAAGAUAAAUACGUAAUGACAUCACUUCUUGAAACAAGUUGUAAUGCUUGUGUUUACUCUGGUGGCUCAGGAAGUUUGGACAAGAUCUAGUUACUGUUGCUGAAUCGAAACACUGUUGAUUGUACAGUGGUGUUGGAAUCUUCUGAAGGAAAUACUUACAAUUUUUUAAAAAGAAAAUUUUUAUUAUUUCGACAAAAGGAAUAAGUUAAGUAACAAAAUUACUGAUUUUGGACAUUUCUAACUUGUAGUUCUCUUUUAAUUAUAAGAAGAUGCAUGGGGUGAAUACGACAUAAUUAUUUUUGAUUA